CCGUUGCCGGGGAUCGAACCCGGGCCUCCUGGGUGAAAGCCAGACAUCCUAGCCACUGGACGACAACGGAAUUUUUAUAAGUGAUCCCUGUUGAAUUUAUAUGUCGAUUUGUCAAAUAGAGCUAGCAGUUUCGCCCUUGAUUAAAGCCUCCGCCUUUUUGCUUCCUGGGUCUCAACCUUAAGAUCUAAAGAUCCUAAACCAAACUCAAAUGGAAAAGAAACAGUCAGCACGAGGAGAUAUAUCAUCUGCCCAAGCAGUUUUACUUGGAGCUUUAGCUCCUGGUGUCAACGGUCCCACAUGGAAUACACUGAAAACAGCGUUUUUGAUGUUGGGUCUUUGCCUUGCUGUUAUGUUCGGUUUAGCAUUCUCCUCUAGCGACUCUACCUUGAUUCUUCAUGUUGCCUUCCUUGUUCUCAUCACCAUCACCCUCUUUUUACUUCUUGACUGGUUUCUUGAACAGACUGGUUUGGUUUCUGUUGAAUGUCAAAUGCAAGAGAUGGACUUGGUACCAAAUGAUCGUCGGAGAUAAUCAAUAAGAAGCAAGUAAACAGAAUUAACAAUUUCCAUUUUUUUUCUUAAUAUUUAUAUAGCAUUUACAAGUGAAGAUUUCAUCAACAAAGGAGGAACGGCAACAAGAUGAUAAAUGAGAGGCAUUCCUACAGAGGGAAUGAGAAGAAAAAGUUGAGGAAAUGGUGAGCGAAUCAUGGUACUUCCUCCACUCGCUCUAGAAUCGCAUCAGAGACACCCUCAUUAGUCGCUCUUUGGCUCCUUCUCCUUGUGUUUGCUCUUCUUGCUCUUGAUGAAGCAGAAGCAUGAGCAGCAAGGGAGCUGAAGCAAAAACUUCAUAUUUCAUGAACUGAUGGUUCGAAUGUUUGCAGAAAACCAAUGUCUAUAUAGAGCUCCAUCCUCGGUUUAUUAUUAUUAUUAUUUUAUUCUCAUAUUCAUUUCUGUUCUUGGAUGCUAUUCGUAUUCCUCAUUGUUAUGGAUAAAGAAGAUGCCUAACUUCACAAUGACUUAUUCACAGCCAUUGGAUGUCUUCUGCUUUUUUGUG